GAGGGUAUUUUUGAAUAUUGUUGACGACUUCAUCUAAAAAUGAGAAAUACCUACCUUUAUCAGGAAAAGAAGAGAAUGAAUUCCGUUGUCUUAUGAUAUACUGUUAAUUUGUAUGCUUGUAAAAUUAAAAAAUGGAAGUUUUGAAAAGAUUUAAGAAACAUAAUUUGAAAAUACUGAAGACUGUUGGAAAAGGAACUUAUGGAAAUGUGUAUUUGUGUGAAAAACAAGAUGAUACGCUUACGAUAGUAAAAGACAUCGAACUAAACAUUAAGUUACAAGAUCACAAACAGGACAUAGCAAAUGAAAUCAAAAUACUUUCAAGAUUAAAACAUCCAAAUAUAAUAACAUUUUACCACUGUUACUAUAAUGAUAAUCAUGUCAUGAUAUCUAUGGAAUAUGCCACUAGCGGGAAUCUAGCGGAAUACAUGUAUCAGCGAUUUCCGAAGCUCAUAAAUCAGCAGGAAAUAUUGUUCUUCUUUUGUCAAGUAUUGCUUGGAGUGAAUUACAUCCACAAAUUGGACAUUAUACACAGAGAUUUGAAAGCUGAAAACAUACUUUUGACUGGAAAAAAUGGAGUACUUGUAAAAAUAGGUGACUUUGGUAUAUCUAAAAUGUUGGCUAGCGCUAAGAAAACUUCGACGGUAAUCGGCACCCCCUAUUAUUUAGCGCCGGAGUUGUGCGAAGGGAAGCCAUAUGACACAAAAAGUGAUGUCUGGGCUCUAGGGUGUUUAUUAUACGAAAUGUGCACGCAUAAAAGAGCUUUCGAGGCUGAGACCUUAGUAGGAUUGGUUAAAGCCAUAACUAGCGGAAGCGUGCACCCUAUCGACUUGACAGUCUACGAACGAGGCAUGCAGGAUCUCGUGGACUCCAUGUUGUCAGUCCUUCCCGAUAAAAGACCUUCCAUCCAGGAGCUGAUGGGGAAAAUGAUAAUUUUGCCAAUGGUUUAUAAUUUAUUCUUAGAUGCCGGUGACGACGAACUGCUGAAUUUGAAAUAUAAAAAUUUACUGUAAGAAUAAUAGUUAGAUAAUCAAUCAAAAUUUUGAAUAAAGUGUGAUAUGGAUUUUUU